CGCAGAAGAUAAAUAAUUUCGAAUCGUUUCAACACAUUACAAAAAUUAUAAUUUUCCAUGAAAACACUUUAUUUGUCCAGUAAUUAUUAAUAUUUUAGUUAAAAACAACAGUGUAAUUGCAUUUCUUAUAGUGUAGUGGUGUAUCAUUUAUAUAUUUCCUUUGUAUUUGCUUGAAUACAAAUCUAACCUUAAAAUUAUAAACUGAAAAAUAAAAUCCACAUUGCAAUUGUGAACAAAUGUUAAAGUUAAAAUGAGAAAUAUAGCUAAAAGAAUAUUGAAAAUGGCAAAUUUUCUGAAGGAAGGCAGGACACGGCCGUACACUGUAAUCGUUGAAGGAAAUAUUGGAAGUGGAAAAACUACGUUUUUGAAUUAUUUUAACAGAAAUAAAGAUGUUUGUGUUUUGGCUGAACCAGUGGAGAUGUGGCGGGAUUGCGAUGGUUACAAUCUUUUGGGGGCAAUGUAUGAGGACCCAAAAAGAUGGAGUUUUACAUUCCAAUCCUAUGUCCAACUAACAAUGUUACAGCAACAUACCAAAGAAACUGAUUUACCUAUAAAAUUGAUGGAAAGAUCAAUUUACAGUGCGAGGUAUUGUUUUGUGGAACAAUUGAAGAGAGACAAAGUUCUAUCAGGUCCAAGUGAAUCAGUGAUAAAUGCUUGGUUUAACUGGGUGACUUCGAAUAAAAAUCUCGAUGUGGAUUUGGUCGUUUAUCUACGAACAACGCCGGAAGUUGUUUAUGAAAGAAUGAUGAAAAGAAAUAGGGCUGAAGAAAAAUCUGUGCCCCUCGAAUAUCUCAAAUCUCUGCAUAAAAUACAUGAAGACUGGCUUUAUUAUAAAACUCUGCACCACUGCCCUGCACCAGUCAUCAUUUUAAAUGCAAAUUUGGAUAGAUCGAAUAUUGCCAAUGAAUAUGAAAAAUGUGAAUCUCAUAUAUUUAAUAAGGAGGUUGUGACAGCUAGGGCAUAAUUUGCACCAUUUAUUUUAAAUUGAAUUCAUCACCAAAUAUUAUAUUACAUAGCAUUUAAUGCAUUUGAUUUUUACUAAAGUUCGAAUAAAACUAUUUAGUGUUUAAUAUUUAGAUUUAUGUAUGAUGUACCUUGGUAUAUCUUUAUUUAUUAAGGUCCUUUUUAUUUAUAAAAAAU